AUGCAGCCGCUGGUGCGGAGUACACGCGCUGACGUAACGCACCGGGGACGUCGUAGGAAGAUCCAGGAUUUAGUACCUACUUUAGUGCUUGGAGGAUUCUUCGACGCCGUCGAGCUAAGCGCCGUUCAAGCGUUCCGAAACGCGCUACGUGGCACGACCCACCGCGUGGCAACUCUAGGCACGUUCCGACGCGAUGGACCUCGAGCCGUCCAUCACCGUUGCGAGGGAGGUGGUACAGCGAGCGAUGAGAACCUGCUACCACGAAGGGUGCGAAGAUCAUCCGCGAAAGCUCGACUGAACCAUACGCACCAAGAGAUUACCGAAGAUGCGAUCGAGCGAGCGACCGAGACUGCUGGCAGUGGCCGGCGGGUGACGAAUACUCGAGCCGCAAUACUGGCCAAGGAACGCGCGAAGCCAAUUGAGGAUGACGAUAAAGGGCUGCUUGUGACAAUGGGCAAACAGAUCAAAGAGCUAUGUACAUAA